CUCUUCUCCAUGUCUGGUUCCGAUGGAAAGUCCUUUCCUCUCUGUCCCUAUUGCUACAAUUCCCCCCCAUUUGAAGGAAUCACCACUCUCUUUGGUUCCAUUAAGCUUGGGAAUUCUGGAAAACUAGGCAAAGGAGCAGGCAUGCCCUGCUUUCUUUGCCCUCAUCCAACAUGUCGACACUCCAUGAUUACGCAGGGAGUAUGUGCUUGCCCUGAGUGCAGUGGGACUCUUAUCCUUGAUCCAGUCAGUGCUCCCAAAUGGAGACUCUACUGCAACAUUUGUAAUUGCAUGGUCUCCCUUCCACAAGGCGCUCAUCGAAUCUCAACCACUAGCAACAGAUGCCCUGAUUGUGAUUCCUUAAUCAUUGAAGUAGACUUCAAUAAGAAGACAACACCUUUAAGUGAUGGAGCCACAUUGUAUUCUGGCUGCAUAUUGUGUGAUGAAUUGCUGCAUUCUCUCAUUGAAAUGAAGCACGGCAAGUCGUUCUUUAGGCGAGGAAGAGGUAGAGGAAGAAGUCGAGGAAGAGGUGGCAGGGGUCGAGCUAGAGGUGGCUCAAAGAAUGAUGAUCCCAAAAUGAGCUUUCGAGAUUUCUAAAAGGAAUAACUGGUUCAUUCAUGCAUUCUAUUUAUUGCUUUCUGUUUGUUCUAGUGAUGUCAAGGAACAAGAAUUGAAGGAUUUUGUGAUUCUUUACUAAGUGAAACUGAAAAUAUCAGGAUCUAUCGCUAUGUUUAGGGCUAUCACAGCCUUAGAGCAUUAAAUGCUUUUAAAAAGCUCUCCCUACAGACUUGCAGAAGUUGUAUUAUUUGUACAGAAUGUCUUCAUAUUAUUAUCAUCCUGUAAGAACUGGAAAGGCUAGUAAUACUAUCUGGAUACCUUAAAAUUGUUCAUUUAUUUUCCUUGACAUUUCCUUUAUUGCAUUUUGAAAAUUUUUUAUGUCA